AUGAAACGGCGCCGACUGCUCAGUGCUGCAGGUCAUCCAUUGUGCCAGUCAUGCUCCUCCGUCUCUGCACUCCAAUCACUUGACUGCGUUCCCUCUCUGCACGCAGAUUGGCCCUCCAUGGAGCCUGCCGCCGGAAGCCUCAACGCCAGCAAUGGAGCUCCGUCAGAGCCGCCCCUGUCCGAGGGACAGUCCUCGACCUCAACGCUCGAUCAACGCGCUGAGGAACGGGCGUCUUUGCCUGCUCGUCCCAACAUGGCUGCGCGACAUUCGAAGCGUCUGACCCUGAACUUCCCCAUUAUCCCGCCGCCGUCGCUCCGGUCCGAACAGAGCUCGCCGUCCACGGGUCUGAUGACGCCUGCCACGGAAUCGUCCGCCAACGGGCCGGUUCCCCUUGACGACUCGAAUGAUGGCUCUGAUCUCCUCACUGCGAUUGCGACGCAAGAGCGCAAAGUGCUCGAGCUGCGGGAAGAGCUCCAGCGGGCUGAGACGGAACUGGCCAACCUGAAGAAACAAUGGGCCUCGAGCGAGAGAGCAAGGAAGAGGACUGAGAUCAGCUACCAUGCGGAAGCCAUGAAGCCGCUGAGGUCUCCGGGCUCUGCCUCCGCGGCCGAUUCUCUGAAGUCACCCGAGGAACGCACUCCUAACGGUGUGGAUGCCUCGAGGCAGGCCAGACUGAGCCGUGAACUGGAGUGGCGGAACAGCAUCCGAACUGUCCAGAAUGGGGAUAUCGCGAUCUCUGCCAACGGCAGGCGAGUGUUCCCGAGCUCGAAGCAUACGCGGACCUUGUCCUUACUCUCGAAUGAAACGAUCGCCGGCGGCAAAAAGGGCGACACGGAUGACAAGAAAGCCGGAAAUGAACAGCCAGCAACUCGACAUCCGCGAUCGGCGACUCUUCCUUCUCUUGAACGCAGCGACACCGCCAAGACUUCAGAGUCGGCCCGGGAGGAGUCACGGUUACACUGGCGGAGAUCCAUGCCUCCUCCUUCCCGGGAGGCACUCUUGCGCACGGGCAGACAGAUGGCGUCGGAUCUCAGAGAGGGCUUAUGGACGUUCCUGGAGGACAUUAGACAAGCGACGGUGGGCGAAGAAGGGAUCAACGCCACCGAGUCCAGAACAAUACAGUCCACGUCUACUCGGAGGACCGAUCGCAGUGUGACGCCGUCUCGAAGUCGCGAGCGGCCGGAGGCUGGUCCUGGGCGAACAAACUCGUCUUCGUCCGCAUCCAAAGAGAAGGGGGGAGCCACCAAAAAAUCUGGUAAAAACACCACUCCGGCGGACAUAGGGGUGUCGUUUUGGAGUGAAUUCGGAAUUGAUACGUCGGGGCAGAAGUCCAAUACCGAAAAAGCCGCCAACAGCACUCCAAAUGCACAGAAAGAGUCGGGAGACUCGAACCUCCUCGAUGUUGAUGACAAUUGGGACUCUUGGGAUACCCCCCAGCCUACCAAGACGCACACGCCAUCCUCCAGUCGCUCAACGAUUGAAUCCAAGAACGACCAGUCUCCAUCCACUCAGCUGAGCAGUCCCAGAACAAGUGCCAGCUUUGGGGAGCGGAAUGCGACAAACAAGGAUUCUGUCAUUGAUACCAACAUCUCCGAUGGUAUUCCGUGGCCAGCACUGAGCAAGUUCACACCUUCCAAGCUUACACGAACUGCGUCCAAUCUGAUGGCGGAAUGGGAGCGAAGCCUGACUUCCUCGCCUAAAGAAGACCGGAAGGAGAAUAAGGAGAAUAAGACCCUGCGCGCUGACGAGACAGAUGAAGACGAUUGGGGGGCACCUUUUUGA